AUGGCAGAGUACCACGCCUUCCCACGCCCUAUCCGCACCGUCGCAGUCAUCGGCUCCGGCCCAUCUGGCACCCCGGCCGCACGCCAGCUACAGGAAGCAGGCUUGCAAGUUCGGGUUUUUGAGAGACAAGACAAGCCUGGGGGGAUAUGGAACUGGAAGACGGAUAGUGUCUUGCCGCUUUCUGUGCCCACGCCGCCGCCUUCCAGGGGUGCUUUCACCCCCGUCAUAAGGGAAGGAGGCGUUUACGACGAUCCAGGCAAGAAGGAGAGGACCUUGUUCAGCCCACCGAACCCUUGCUACUGGAAUUUGUCAAACAAUGUGCCCACUACCACUAUGGCUUUCAAAGACUUUCCCUACCCUCCCGGUACAGAGCCCAACGUCUCACACACCCUCAUCUCGACAUACGUCCACGACUAUGCCCUCCACUUUGGCCUCGACAAGAUCACCUCCUACAAUACCCGUGUCGAGCUCGCUGAGAAAGUGGGGGAUAUCUGGCGUUUGACGCUUCGACGUGUCGAAUUCGAUGGACUUGUGGUAGCCACAGGGCACUACAAUGCGCCUUACAUCCCCGCCAUACCCGGUGUCGACGAAUGGUCCGCCACCUGGCCUGACAAGAUCAUCCAUUCCCAAGGCUACCGCACCCCUGCCGCUUACAAAGACAAGACGGUUCUAAUCGUAGGCAUCGGAACAUCCGGCAACGAUAUCUCCAAAGACCUCUCACCCCACACCUCCAAACUCUACCUGGUCGGGCGAAACGUCCUUCGAGGCCCGAAAGCGUAUAGGGAGCAGCGCAAGAUGCAGAGACAGUUUGUCUUGCCUAAUGCGGAGCAGGUGCCCGAGAUUAAAAGGUUUUUGCCGCCGCCGGCUGGGAAGGGGAUUGAAGAGGCCGAGAUAGAGUUGACUGAUGGGAGGAUUAUUACUGGUGUUGAUGGGAUUAUCUUUACCACCGGAUUCCAGUACUCUUUCCCCUUCCUCCCCUCAUACCACCACGACCACACCCUUACCUCUCCUUCCCCUCCCGCCUCCCAGUCACAAGUGACACCAAUCAUAACCGACGGAGACGGCGUGCUCAACCUCUACCGCGACGUCUUCUACAUCCCCGACCCCUCUCUCACUUUCCUCGGGCUGUCGAUCAAUACCUCGGCAUUUUCGUUCUUCGAGUAUCAAUCCAUCUCGAUCGCUCGGGUUUUCGCUGGGACUGCCCGCCUGCCCUCAGAGUCCGCUAGGUGGCAAGCGUAUAAAGAAGUACUCAAGACCAAGGGCUCGGGCCGGUACUCGCACCUCAUGAACAGAGACGGUGAACGCGCCUACGUCGCCUCCACAGUCGAAUGGCUCAACGCCGAAGCGCCCCUCUUCCACGCCCCGCCCAUCUCCGGCCAUUCCCCCGAAUGGAUCGCCGCGUCCGACAAGAUCCCCGAACUCAUCGCCAAGAAGUACGGCAUGACGGUCGAAGAGCUUGGAGCGCUGAAAGCUCAGCCGGGGGUGGUGCCGGAGGAAGAGUAUGUGCCGCCGGCCUUGUUGGAGGAGAGGGCUUUGCUUGCCGCCGCUGGAGGGGCGGGGGCGGGGGCUGGAGGGAAGGAAGGGAGAGAGUACAAGACGGCACAGGAGGAAACGAAUGCGCGAGCGAGUGAAGGGAUUGCUAGGCGAUCUGCUGCUGCUGGGGUUGUUGCUUCGGCUUAA